AUGGAACGCAAAGAUCGGGGGCUCAGAACUCGCUUCAGGGACUGGCGUCAUCGGAACAGCCAGAGCCUUACACCAGCAGCUUCUCAAGAAAGGGCGCCCAAUCCGCCAGUCUCUGGUCAAGCUGUUCCUCAGGCUGUUGGUGUCGACCAGAGCAGCUCGAAUGGGUUGGAAACAGGACUUGGCGAUAUGACCCUGAGCCCCCAGACUGGCGAUCCUACGCUUGACAUUACGAACGAACACGCCCCUCCUUCAUCAGCAAAGCAAGGCGAUACGGCAAAGUCUCAUGCAGAUUCUCCCAUUUUCAACGUUUCAAAACCUAAGACUGCCGUUGCGACUGUUGGACCAGGCCACACUGUCGUAACAUCCAGCGAUGAUGCAAGCUCAGCCCUUUGGAAGCAAGCUUAUGACGAGCUUCGCAAAGACAACCCGUCCCUCAUGGAGGAGUACGAAAUGGUUCUCAAAGAACAGGCAGGCGUCCCACAGGAUGGCACCAUGCAAACCCAGAUGCACACAAUCUCAAAGGCACAGCAACUCAAGUGCAAGAACAAGCAAUGGAGCUUCCAGUGGUUCGGCCAACCACAGUCCGUCAGAGACACGAUAGAGCGGAUUCUGAAUCUGACAAGUCGUUCGGCCAGUCUCAUCUCCAUCGGGAUGACCUACGCGCCGCCAUAUGUGUCUGUGCCUUGGUCUGCCGUCACGGCACUCAUUCCACUGAUGAUGAACGACUUCAAGGAACACGCGGGCUGUAUUGCUGGUCUUGAGGUCGUGGCGAGGCUAACUUUCAGCUAUCAAAUGGCCGAACAGACAUUUCUUGGAUCCACUGACACAAGAGACCGUUAUCGUUCGUCAGUGAUGGCCCUAUACAAGAAGAUCUUGGAAUAUGAGGCUCUUGCCAUACAGUAUUUUGGCCGCUCUACACUGCGUCGUCUGGGCAAGAAUGCCGCUGGAUCAACGAGAUGGGCCGACAUGCCGACCGAGCUAUCGGACAUAGAUAAGGAGACUCGUCGGUCUAUAAUAUUUCUUGGGCAGUUGACCCUUACACAGGUGCUAGAACGCCAGGAAAAGGCCAUCAGUAGCCUCAUCCAAAGUGCCGCGGCCAAGAAAGAUGAGGUGACGCAAGUCACCAAAUGGGUUUCGGCCAUUUCCGUCGAGCUAGACCAUCGCGAUGUGCGCGGUAAGCUCGGCGCUCAGCAUCAUUCAUCAGGCGGUUGGUUUCUCGAUGAUCCUCGUGUCCGCGCCUGGAAGGAAUGGAACUGGAACGAAAGCAGCCAGUGUCUUUGGCUCAGGGGCGGUGUUGGCACGGGAAAGAGCUCACUGGCCUCAAUUCUGAUUCAAGACACAAUUAAUUCAGCGGAUAGUAUUGUCGCCUUCUUUUACUGCUCGAAAAAGGCAGACAAAAUCAAUGAGAAUUCCACGGCCAGGAACGACCAUGAGAAUGCCUUACGGAGUCUUCUAUCACAAGCUUCAGUCUCUGUCGAUGGCAGUGCUGUGGAUAAAGGGGUGCUCAAGCGCUCCGCGCUUGAUCCACGCGGCUUUUUGGCAGGUGUGGGGCUGACAGCAGAAGAUUGCGUGCAGAUGUUGAACGAUAUUUUCUCAACCGGACAAGAUCAAAAGUUCACAGUGGUCAUUGAUGCCUUAGAUGAAUGUCUCGAUUACGAUUCUCUUCUCGACGCCCUCCAAAGUGCUGCGUCCACAAACAAGAAUGUUCGAGUAUUCUUCUCUAGUCGCCUCCAGGUAAAGGUUCAGGACUACUUCGAAGAGAAUGUCUGUGUAGACGUGGGAGAUAACAACAUCGAAGACAUCAAACGAUUUUUGAACAUCGAGAUACCAAGACGGCGACCUGGGUCCGGAAUGACCGACAGCCAAGCUCAAAGACUGACCGACACGCUGGUGGCUAAAGCGAGUGGGAUGUUCAUGUGGGUCAAACUUCAAGUCAACCUGUUCCUGAAUGAGAUCAAGUCCAAGAGGAUCCGUCUUGAGGUAGAUAUUGAGCCCAAGUUACUCUCUUUGGAGUCGUCAGAGGCAAUUGGAGAAGAGCUUCUCUAUGCAACGUAUAUGCAGGUGUACGAAGCUGCUAUUGGAUGUCAAGAAGAUCGCCGGAAAGAAAUUGUGACAACAGCAUUACGCUGGGUGUUAUGCGCGUUUCGGACUCUGAACUUGCGAGAACUUGCGUACGCAACAUCUGUCAGGCCGGAUGGUACUGUGGCAGAUAGUAUUCAAGAAGGCUUGGUGAUGGACUUUUGCAGCAAUUUCCUCAUCGAGGACGCUGUUGGUAAUGUCCGAUUGGCACAUUUGUCAGUGAGACAUUACCUGGAGCGUAGGACACCACCAGACUUUGAUACAGAACUCGCACACCUCCAAGCAGCUCUCACUUGCUUGUAUUUCGCCAAUUCCCCAAAAUAUCACGAAGUCGGUGCGAGCCCAGCCGACACUUUCCAGGAUGGGAACGUUGUCCUUACGAAGACCUUCCACAAUUACGUUCAGACCAACUGGACUCGACACUGCAGGGAGGCAAAAAAGUCCACAGAAAUGAGCGCGCUAAUGGACAAGUUUGCGCUUAAACUGACUUCGCAAGAGAAGGCCACCUCGCCGAGUGAGCCUGAUGGCUCUCCAAAUUCCCACACGGACUAUACUGCCGGGGAUGUUACCGGUGGACCGGCAUCGCAAAGUGAUGUCUCCCGAAGUUGGAUCGAUCUUCUUCGGCGAACGGAUUCAGGCGCCGUCGACUUCAUCGAGCAGUUCAUAGCUCGAGGUGGCGACCUAGCAGCCCGCAAUGGCUUUGGGAACACUCUGCUACACGAGGCCGUUCGUUUUCGGGUCGCUGAGGUUAUGAGCCUCUUGCUAAAUGCCGGUGCCCCGGUGAAUGCCCGCGAUGGCCUGGGCAACACGCCCCUGCAUCUGGCGGCGCUCCAUCGUUUCGACCAAGGAGCACAACUUCUCCUUCAAGCUCGGGCUGACAAGAACGCUCGCAACUCCAAGGGCGAGACACCUCUGCACGUCGCGAUAUCGCUCGCGGUUCAGGAUGUCAUCGACACGCUUCUGGCGGCCAACGCUGACGGCGUUGCUAGGGAUCACUUCGGUGACACACCUAUUCACCGAGCCGCAGCCGCUGGCAACUCAAUAGCCACUGAAUCACUUCUCGUCAUGGGUUUCAGCCCAAAUGGCAAGAAUCAAGGCGGCAGCACACCUCUCUCGCUUGCGAUCAAGCUACGCCAUCAUAAAGUGGCAAAGGUGCUCGUGAAACAUGGUGCUUUGGUUACAGGUGAUGACCUGGCGGCUUUGAGGAGACUGGGCCUGGUUGAAGCAGCGGAAUUUCAUGUGCAGAAACAGCACGGCGACGGAAAUCUUAUGAGCCCGGAACAAGGCCUCCAGGAGAACGAGUACACCUAUGUCAUAACGUUUCCAAAUGGCUCUCAUGCGUGCGACUGUUGCAACAUCUCCAGGUGGCUUACUGGCUCGAGGCGAGGUACCAGCUAUCGGCAUCAUUCGUCACUUCAACAGCUCUUUGCCUCGGCCGAGAAUGGUUGUCCGUUGUGUGUGGUCUUUCGCCGUCAACUGCCAGACGCUGAGGAUAUCCGGAAACCUGGAUAUGCUAGCGGGCAACUGACAGUCACACUAGAGCCCAGUUAUACGCAAGGAUCACGGCAGGACCGGAAGGACAAGCUCUUGUUAUCAGCCGGGAGCACUCAAUUACUGACACUCGAACUAAGUCUGUCUGAAAGCUGCUAUUCCUGCUUACCGUCUGGAGCCGGACCUGACAGCAAUGUGAUGCCAGAGCUGGACUGGCUCCGCGGUAGAUCAGUCGAGGAGCAACCCCUGACUUCUUCAUCUCUCAGCACAGUUAUGGGCUGGAUCAAUACAUGCCGGGAUGAACAUCCUGUCUGUUGGCGCGAUGGCCUUUGCGAUUCGAGCCUACCCACACGUGUAUUAGACGUCGAGACCGGAGAAGACAACAUUGUGCGCUUGCAUACCAGUUCAAGUGACGAACGAUGGCAGUUCGUUUAUCUCUCGUUCUUCUGGGGAAAUGCUAGACCGGCAGUCUGUGCAUUCCGUGAAAACAUACAAUCGCUGAUGGCUGGCAUCCCCGUCGACUCCAUGUCUGAGGUCCACCGAGAAGCUAUCAACGCCACUCGUCGGCUUGGCCUUCGGUAUCUCUGGAUUGACGCACUCUGCAUUUUACAAGACAGUCCGCAAGACUGGGCGACUGAGAGUCAGCGCAUGAGCGAAUACAUAUCCAACGCAGCUUUCGUCUUACAGGCAGCUGCUAGUCCCAACGCAAAUGCCAGACUAUACCAGCCGAGGCCACAACCCCUUUUGCACAUGGACGUUACCAGAGGCAGGGGAGAUGUUGCUUCCGACACUGAGCCCAAUAUAACGACCGGCGUGGACUUACGUCUUCCGUUACAAACAGCGUCAGAGGCACUGGGAGUGCGAGUAUUGAAACGCGGCUGGAUGUUUCAGGAGAUCAUCUUGCCAAGAAGAAUGUUGAUAUUUGGAGCAGAUCAGAUCUACUGGCAUUGUCAAGCUGGUCUGAUGUCGGAGGGGGACACCCUCAUCCAUGAACCGAUGUUAAAGCUACUGCCGUUGUCCUCGGCGUCGUCCGACUUUGACAGAAGAGACAGACUUCUUUCAUGGUACCAAUUGCUCUCUGACUAUUCGGCAUCCAUCCUCACCUUCAAGAGCGACCGCAUCAUAGCGAUGAGGUCUUUAGCAAAAUACUUUGAUGCAGACGAUGCCCUUCUUGCUGGCCUGUGGAAGCGAGACCUUCGCAAUGGGCUCUUGUGGCGCGUGGAUAACAUUCGAACGCCUGGUAUCGUUGACAGGCCUGUGGCUCGGACAGACAAGGUUUCGGCUUCCUGGAGCUGGGCGUCGAUUGAUGGCCGUGUGCAAUACGAUUUUCUUCGAGGUGCUCGCCAGGACUUUGCUGCACGCCAAUUCAUUAUCACAGACAUUUAUAUUGACUACAAAUUCACCGAUGGCGACUACAACGAUCAACUAGCCGAUCGCGUAAGUGAUUUGGAGCUCGAGGCCUUAGUUUGUGAAGCACAAAUAAGCCGGUUUGGUGAGGGGUGCGUCUGCUUCUUCGACGACAUGAAGUGGGAUAUUGACUGGAGAGAUUCAAAGACGUUCUUGUUUGUUUUGGUCUGUCCUUGGACGGCCAAUCCAGCCGGCGAGCUGAAGCAGGCUUGUGGCUUGGGCCUCAUCGUGCGUCCUUUAGAAGACCAUAUGGAAAGCCUGUUCGAGCGCUGUGGGUUGUUUCUUGGCACAGCAUAUGACGAGAAACUGGACGGCUGGACGAGACGGCGUUUAAGGAUCAUGUAG